AUGAUGACUGGGCUGCCGACGCAGGGGAACAGAGCACCGAUAAAGCACCUGCGGGAGGGGAUUUCUGCCGAGGCACCCAUUGCCACCGAUGUUGUACCCGAAGUUCCUGCUGUUGAGGCUAUUGGAGGCGCCCCCGCUCCAGCGAAGCUGUCAAAGAAGGACAAGAAAAAGGCUAAGAAGAACCAAGGUGCAGAUCUAGACUGGGCGGAAGCAACAGACGACUCUAUUGUCAAAGCCGAGGAACCCGUGGUUGAGGAUUCGAUCACUGCGGCUGCCUUGCCCGAGGUGUCUGUUGCUGAGCCCAUAGAGGAGCUCCCUGAGCCUGCGAAGCUGUCCAAGAAGGACAAGAAGAAGGCCAAGAAGAACCAAUCUUGGGAAUCUGACUGGACAGCGGAUACGCCACAGGAGAGCACUGCGACGGCAACCGAUGUUGAAGCCCCCGUGGUGCAGAUUGAAGGAGAGACCCCCGACCUUGGCCUUGAGACUCCACUUGACAGCACGACCGCAUUCGACGAGCCAGACGCUGGCUCGAAGAAGGGCAAGAAGAAGAAGAAGGGGAAGAAGGCAACCUCUCUGGAUGAAGAGGCCACUCCGGUAGUCCUUACCGAGCCCGUUCCCGAGGCUAUCCUCGCGGACGAGCCCGCCAUCCAAGACGACAAUGUUUCUACCGGCUCAAUCACCCCCACGGGCCUCUCCGCAUCGUACAAGCAAGACGAGGCGAUGCUAGCUUGGGAAGAUGCCCUCGACGACCACUCUGCCAUCAAAUCUCCGCCUCAAGCCGCCCAAGGCCUCGGCAAUGAGCUACGACAAGCCGACGAUCCUGCCCCCGACGACGCUUCCGACAUCUUCUUUGACGCCGAGGACGAAGCGAGAGCGCUGUCCAGAGCUGCCACACCCGCCAACGCCGACUUCAAUGCCCAGGCCAUGCUGAACGAGACGACACCGGAGGCCAAGCCGCCUGCUCCGGACCCAUGGGCCGACGAAACAUUUUUUCUACCCCCAAAGAAGAGCAAGAUCAAGGGUAAGAAAAAGACGUCCCUCCGCGAGGCCGCCCCCCCAGCCGAGGCCGAGCCGAGUGCUUCCACCGAAGCGCCGCCUGUUGAAGACCCCCCUUUGGCCGCCUUUGGUAGCCAGCCACUGCCAGAGAGCCAGGCUGAUGCGGAUGCGCUUCAACAGAACCCUCCUUUUACGGAUGAGCCCCAACUUGGAGACGUGCCCGUUGCCACGGAUGAAACGACCAACGAAGGAGACUGGGGCUCCACAGCGACCACGAAGCAGAGCAAGAAGCAAAAGAAAAAGGGCAAGAAGGGAUCUGUUUCGGAGCUGGGCCAGGGCAACAACCAAGACGACGCCUCGCGGGAUCUUGCAUCUUCUAUCACUAUGGGCGGGGACGACAGCCCGCUUCCUACAAGACCAAGAAGAACAAGAAAAAGGCGCGCAAGCGACCAAGAUGGUCAGGACCAGGACAUGCUGUCCUCCAGCGGCGGCGGCGGCGACGACAAUGUGAGCUCGGGCCCGGGCGUUGGCGGAAUUAGUGGCAUCGCCGAGGCGACCCUCCCCGAGACUAGUACCGAGUGGUCCGCGGGCGUGGGCGCCGAUUCUGGCUCAGCCGAUAACGGCGGUGAACAUGAGCGGCAGCAGCGCGACGUUUUGCCCCUGCACGCAAUAACAGAUGCAACAGGUGCAGCAGAUGCAGCGACAACAACAGCGCCUGAAGCAGCUGCUGCUGAUGAGGCCACCUCAGGCGGUGAAGCUGGCGCAGCGGGUAAAGAGCUCAGCUCCACGGACCAGGCCGCAGCCACUGACAGGGCGGCGGGCCUGGCGGGAGAUCUGGCCCCGUCCCGCCCCUUCGCAGACGACAAUUGUCUUCUUCAUGCAGAUGACGCGCCGCUGUCCGGGGAGGCAAGUGGCCCAACCUCCAAUGACGACAAAUCAACAGGGGACACGCGAGGCACGGAUGCCCAAACGGUGGAUCCAGCCCUCACCGACUCGACCCUGGAGGUUGGUGCCCCACAGGAGCUCCCGGGGCCGGUCUUGGCGCUCGACAAUACUACUCCCGACGAACCCCAGGUCGUGAGCUCCCAUGUUGCUCCCGAGGCAGAGGUCACUUUCGUGACAGAAAAUUCAGCUACCCUUCCAGAAGGUGAUGACAUGGCCGUGCCGACGAUUGUGAAGCCCGACGACGAGUGGGCUGAGACGCCGUCCUCCAAGAAGAAGGGCAAGAAGGGCAAGAAGAAGGCGGCUGCUGCUUCUUCCGCCUGGGGUGAUGAGUCCGAAUCUGCCCAGCAACAACCAGAAGAAGUCAAGAGCAUCGACGAUUUUUCAGUGUCAACACCUUCACAAGACGAGCCUGUCUCAUUACCACAACCCGCAGAGCCUGAGGGCCCGGCACUCGAUGACCCUGUCACUGCUCCCACACCAGCAGCUGAUGAUGAUGAGUGGGCUCUGCCAGCGUCCGGGAAGAAGAGCAAAAAGAACAAGAAGAAGAAGGGAUCCGCCAUAACCUCGGACGAGCCGGUGCUGGAGCCGGAGACACCAACACAAACGACUGAAGAAUCGCUUGCGCUCGACCAACCUUCACCACAGGUCGAGCCUCAACCCCCCACAGCGCCAGAACUCGCCGAGCCUCUCGAGAAUGUUGAACCUGCCCUCGCGGCUGAGGCUGCCGAGGACGAGUGGGCGGCAUCGACGUCUGGGAAGAAGGCGAAGAAGUCCAAGAAGAAGAAGACACUCGCCGUGGAGGAGCCUGAAUCCGAGGCUGCAGUUGCACCUGAGCUCGCUCCCCAACCCGAAGCUGAGCGCUCAGUCGAUGAUAUGCAAACUCUUGCUCCUCAAUUGGAGACUUCUCCAGACCUGGUCGAGCGUGCACCUGUGCCAGAUGCUGCUGAUGACGAAUGGGCGUCGCAGCCUGCCGGGAAGAAGGGCAAGAAAAACAAGAAGAAGAGGGAAUCCGCAUCUGCUUCUGACGAACCUACCGCUGAGCCUGCUGCUAGCGAAGUGGUUAACGACAUCCUCGCCAGCGAUUCGGCCGCGCCUGAAAAGACUGUCGACGAGCCUACUGUAGAGGGCCCGUCGCCUGCGACCGAAGAUAUCCCCGUAUUGACUGCGCCAGCCUCUUCUGAGCUAGUAGAGGCUGCCGAGGAUGAGUGGGCCUCACAGCCUGCCGGUAAGAAGAGUAAGAAGGACAGAAGAGAAGAAGCAGUCUGCCCUUUCAGCCCUGACGGAUCCGAUGUCCGAGGCUGCCGCCGAAGGGGCUCGAGGCCGCUCCCAGCCGAUCCUUCCCGUUGA